ACUGCUGUCCUGAAUAAUUCUUCCUUGUACAAGAUGGACCUACCUUUGUUCAGUUGUCCUCUGUGCCGGAACACCACCUUGUGGAAAAGGGAAGCAGAGCUUCAUCUUUGGUUAGAAAAACUGAAAAUACCUGAACCUUCAUUCUUCUCUCAAAAGAACCUCAAGCAUCUGGACUGCCUGAGUACAUAAAGAUUGUGGAAGUUGGGCCAAGGGAUGGAUUACAAAAUGAAAAGGUGAUAGUCCCAACUGAUAUAAAAAUUGAGUUAAUCAAUCGGCUUUCCAAAACAGGCCUGCCUGUAGUAGAAGUGACCAGUUUUGUUUCAUCCAAAUGGGUGCCUCAGAUGGCAGAUCACAAAGAAGUAAUGAGGGGAAUUGAGCGGCAUCCUGGAGUCCAGUAUCCCGUUCUCACGCCUAAUCUUCAAGGUUUUCAUUCUGCUAUUGCAGCAGGAGCUACAGAAGUCUCAGUAUUUGGCGCAGCAUCUGAAUCUUUUAGCAAAAUGAAUAUUAAUUGUUCAAUUGAAGAAAGCAUAGAAAAGUUUGAAGAAGUUGCUAAAUCUGCAAGGACUAUGAAUAUUCCAGUGCGUGGGUAUGUAUCGUGCGCAUUGGGAUGCCCAUAUGAAGGAAACAUCAUACCAGCUAAAGUGGCAGAAGUAUCUAAGCGCCUGUACAGUAUGGGCUGUUAUGAAAUCUCUCUGGGAGAUACAAUUGGUGUGGGGACUCCUGGAAGUAUGAAAAAAAUGUUGGAAGCUGUUAUGAAAGAAAUUCCUUUGAGCGCUCUUGCUGUUCACUGUCAUGACACGUAUGGUCAGGCAUUAGCCAAUAUCCUCACAGCCAUACAGAUGGGAGUUUCUGUAGUGGAUUCAUCUGUUUCAGGACUUGGUGGUUGUCCCUAUGCAAAAGGUGCUACUGGAAAUGUAGCCACAGAGGAUGUGAUAUACAUGCUUAAUGGUCUGGGGAUCAAUACAGGAGUGAAUCUUUAUGCAGUGAUGGAAGCUGGAAAUUUCAUCUGCACAGCUUUGAACAAGAAAACAAACUCAAAGGUCGCACAAGCUUCCUUCCAUACUGGGACUAUCAAUUAAAUGGAUUUUUUUUUUUUGCAGCUUGAUCACAUUUCUCAUCUACCUUGACCAAGAACAUUUGUAUCAGGAAAACAAACAUAAGAAAACCACUUCAGCAAAGAAGUAAAAUAGAGUACAUAUAUAAUUUUUUUAUUAUGGGAAGAAUUAUUGUAUUGUACUGUCUUGUUAAGAAUUUUCUGAUUUGUAAGUAAGAAAUAAAUGACUGUAGUACAGAACCCCAUGACUGGUUCUUCUACAGUGGAGAAAAGAAUUUUUAUUCUUUUCAGGAAAACUGGAUAGAAACAGUGAAUACAUGGUUAAGUUUUAAUCAAGAUGACUUUCAGAACAGUACAAAUAUUUGUAGUAGUUUAUGAGAUCCCAGGCUGUGUGUGGCCAUUCUGUGUUUUAUUUAUCUGAAUCUUUACUUUUCAUUUGUCAAGUUACUUGUGUUAUGAACAUGGAGACAAAUCUGAAUUUACCAUAAGAAUUUUUUAGCAAUAGAACUUUUUUUUUAUUUUGUUUUGUUUAACAUCUGUUAAAUUAUGGAUGUAAGCUUGUUCCAAGACAUUGUGGUGAGUGGCAGUCUGCCAGAUCUUUCAAAUCUAAUGCAAAUUUCCUUAUUUGUUAUGUAUGUUAAAUUUGUUGUAGUUGCCUUUUCUCCUCAACUUACUAAAACCUAAUUAUAUGAAGCAAAUAAAAACUGUCAAGGUCUUCAACAUCAUUCAGGUUUAUAGUACUGUAGAAGGGGCGAAAUUUUCAUCCAAGGUCUCAUCAAACAAUUCAAUUUUUCAUUCUAUAGGCUAUGAAUUGAUGUUCUGCCUCGUAAGUCAUGAGCCUUUUAGGGUAAUAGAAUUCUGCCGGACUAGCUUACACAAAAGGAACCACUUACAAUUUUUUUCUGUCAUACUUUGUGAGCAUCUUGAUAGUCAUACUUUGUGAGCAUCUUGAUUUGCUUGACCUGCCCUAGAUGCAUGUUUGGAUCACCGCAAAAAAAGCUCUGUCCUCUUUUUCCCGUGUUACAGCUGGGGCUUUGUUAUUUAGCAGACACAAUGGCUCAUAUAUCAAAACAUGAACUUAAAUGAAAUCAGGUUUUGAACCAUUCACAGAUUUAAAAAUUCUGUAAUGGAUUAGAUCCCAUGAAGAAGUGAGGAAUCUGCAGCAGUAUUUAGGCUGUGCUUAGACUAAUAAUUAGUAGUUAAGCCUAAACUUUUUGCCAGAAUUGACAUCCUAAAUACUCCCUACUUUAAGUGCCAUUUACCCCUGAAGGUGACUAACCACACUGUAAUGCUUUCCCAUUUAACAAUAAAUUUUCCUCUUAAUUUUCUCUGUGGAGGUACAGAAUUGGCUCAUUUUGAGCUGAAGUAUGCAGUUCUCAUGUAGGGCCUGAUGAAUUUUCUUCCACCCAAGACCCUGUGAGCAGGUCUCAUCCACAUAAACAAAAUUUAGCUUCUCAAAGAAUGCAAAUGAAGUCAGCCCUUGGAAAAAAAUAAAAAGCAUUUGCGAUGCAAACCACGUUUUAAAUAUUAGCCUGAAUGUCAGAGUAGGCAAAUGGUGUGAGACUGAGCUUGCUGCUCAGCCUGGGGAGAUUCAAAUGCACAUUUUUGGGGCAUCUUAAUCAAUGGAUCUAACCAUCCCUCUAUAUACAUAACUGACAAAAACACACUUUCUAGUAGAUCUGCAUGAAGUUGUGCCACUGAGUAGAAUGGAAUUAAAAAUUCGUAAGACCAGAAAGAUCACAAGGAAAGACAUCUCUGCAACAGAUGGCAGAGUUCUUUUCCUUGAAGGUGGUCAGCCAAAUUAGGAACUGAACAGAUACUGUCCUUUUUUUUGGUUAAAUAUACUAACUACAGCAUAUUAGAUAAAAAUAAGUGGGUUUGCUACUAACACAAUUUUUGUGUUCAAUUAAAUACAUAUGUAGAACAUAGACUAUAGAAUAAAAGGACUAGCUCUGCUCAGUUCUUUGGGAAUUCUAGAAGUCUGUGUUCCUAACUACCAUGAAGCCUUGCUAGAUUUGGCUGUAGGAGAUCCUUACACUGUGGAGUUUUCCAGUGUGUCUCUGCACAGCACAUCGUAGCCUUUUCAGCAUCUGGGCUGUUCAGUUUGCAGUUCUAAGGCUCUUAACUCUCCCUAUGCAGUGCAACAGGGUACCUAUUAAAUCAUGGGGAUGAACAACUGAAAAUGUCUCAGUGCUCUAUUGGAUAUGGUUUAGAAACUACUUGGAAGUUUGUGGAGAGCCUUAAAUGCAGGUCUGUUAUUCUAUAAUGAUGUGAGCACUGGAAAAGAUGAGCAGUCACAUCUGGAGCCUGUUUUUUACCCACACUUUAGCUUCAACCACAUAGUUAAGUAAUCUGGGGUGGAGGUCACAGACAAAUAAAUUUUAUGUCAGGAUCGUUACAAGACAGAAAGAAACACACAGAAUAAAAAAACAAAAACAACCAACCAACCAAAACCCCAACCUAGUGUUUAUGUGCUAAAAAUGCCACAUGGGAUGAAUUUAGGUCUGUGGGUCCAGGUGAGCAAUCGCUAUAAAAUCCUUGUUUACUUUUAGUGUGACUGAGAAUCCUGAAACAUCUCAUGUUCUCCCUACUGAAAUUUUUUAGGCAUGUAAAGUGCUGCUGCUCUGCUUUCCUGGGUUGGCAUCAUUUUUACUGUGCAGAACAUUUUGACACCUAAUCUUUAGCUUCACAAAAUAGGCAUAUGUUUCUCUUAAGAUCAAUAGCUAUGCUACACCCCUUCAAAAAUAUAUCAAGACAUGGGAUGAUGCUCUGCGGUGCUUCUGACUUCCUAGAUCUUUAUGCCUGUAUUCAGAGUGACCCAUCAGUAGUGGUGUCUGUUCUUUCAGCCCCUACCAGUGUCCCCCACUGAGUACUCUGCCGUCACUUCACCCUGAAGUAACCCUCUGGCUGUGAAAGGUUUGCAUCAUGGCUUCCAUGAGCAGGUGUUCUUAUCACUGUGUCAUUAUAAAAAUUAUAUUUGUGGAAAUGUAUGAAGAAAAAGCAACAGAGUUCUGAAUACCAUGAUCAGACUGUUGGAAUGUGGGGACAUGCUGUUUCUCUGUCUGUUUUGCUGUUAAUGGUGAGAGCAUGUGGAAGGGAAGAAUUAGUUACGGGCUGCACUCAUCAAGUCUUAUCAGAGACAAAUUAGAUGAACCAAAGCUUCUGUGCUUUGGAGACUUUCUUCUGUAUCACACUGUAUCAAAGUCACCGGAGAGAUCUCACAGAACAACAUGAAGUUGUUCUGUGCCAAGGUAUUGUUCUAAAGGCAUGGCUGGUGUGCUUUUCUGGAGGACACGUUGAUCAGUUCCAUUACUACGGGCAUAAUCAUUCCUCAGUGCCUUGCAGAAGACAGAAAUCACAUGGAUCCCAUACAUGGAUAGUGCUGAUGUCUUCCAGCAGCACUUGCUUUGUAAUUUAAACUUUUAUGUAUUAGGGUAAUUUGGCUCUGGACCAGCACUUUAAUGUUUCAUUUUCAUGUAUAACCAGAGUUUAUGGAAAGAAGAACUAAAUAUUCUGGUCUUGAGAAUAAGUCCAGAGAGGCUUUGGCUAAUUUUCCUCUCUUAAUAGUGUCAUUUGAGUUCAUAAAACUUUUAUUAUUGUAUUAGGGAACCACAAAAUUAAGACUGCAAGUCUGUGAGGUAAAAUUCUUACUUUUGGGAUCAGUGCAGUUGACAUAAUACUUGCCUAGAAAGUUAGGGUGAAUGUAUGAGACCUGCCUAUUUUUUCACAGAGUUAUUUUAAGGGGUAGAAAUAUUGUUUAGUUACUGUGAUAUCUGAAAAUCAGUAUUCUCUGCCACUGAAUUUUUCUAUGAUUUCUAACACUGCCUUAAGUUCUCUUUGUUGAUUGUGAAGUAUCUAGAAAAGUGACUAAAGUCUGGAGAAGUAAAUGAAAGAUACUUGAUUUUCAGUUCUUGACUUGCUGAUCAAUACCUUCGUUAUAUUUUUGAAGAUUAUUUUUCUCUAGAGUCCUGCUGUAAUGCAGUGAUAUUCAUUGCUGCAAUAACACAGCAGGCAGAAGGAACGCAGCCAAAGUCAACUUAGUCUUUUGAAACUGAUGUCAAAGAGAUAUGUUUGUUAAGGAGCUGUCAUGUAUCCUCUUGGUUAAAUGCAUUUGUGAUUUUGCAAUACGUGGUGUUAAAGCUGAAAUAAAAUCUGUCUCAGUGUUUACUGAAACUGAUACACUCGUGUAUUACACCAGAUUCAGCAGCUCUGACCAACCAGCUCAUGCAUACAGCAUUAACAAAUAUAAGCUGUCACUGACAUGUA